AUGCUUGAACCCUUCCUGAAGCAUCUCCACGCGCGCAUCCGGGACGUCCUCCACCCGACGCUCGUCGCGCUUCUCUGGCUCUCGUUUCUCAUCGUCGUCAAGCAUGCCUGCCUGACACCGACAUCUCUGUCGUGGCGAACGCCGGCGCCGUCGUCACUCAACUCGACCUCUUCCUCCAAUCACGUUGGGGUAGACGAAUGUUGGGAUCUGAGCCAGCUGUGGAAGGAUCUCGAGUGGGCGUCGUAUCGGAUCAUCGCUUCGCUCUCCACAGUCACGGGUCUGUUGCUGGCGUUUCGGUCGAACAGUGCAAUUGAGCGAUGGAGCACGGCGCGGAGGAAGUGGUCCGAUGUACAGGCUACAAGUCGGUCGUUGCUACGGCUGCUCGGCGCUUCGCUCCUAGCGCAGGGUUGCGAGGACCCAAAGUCGAACGAGGACUUCGCAAAGAGGCGAGAGAGCCGAGCAAGGGUGGAAGCGACCCUUGCCACAAUCCCAUUCUUCAGCAUCAGCCUGAUGUGCGAGAUGCGCGGACGGGCGCUGCACCUCCUCCCAGGAGCACAGGAGUCCCUCCUCCGCAGCGAUUUCGUGGACGUCCUCCCGCCGCAACUCAUCGCCCUUGCAAACCGACAUCACGGCGAACCCUCCGCUGACGACUCGGAUGGCGCAAGUCAGCAAGAGAAGCGGAAGCAGAUCGCCAAUCUCAACUCGCCACACAUCCGCCGCCCCCCACCCACCUCUCCUGACCCUGGUGCGCCAAACCUCGCCCUUACCUCGCUGAUCCUCCUGCAGCAGUCCUUAGACGACUUUCAUUCCUCAUCUCUGCUCUGUGGCCCUGUCUAUGCGCACAGCAUCGGCCUGCUCAACAGCCUCUCCUCCCACAUGACCGAUCUGGAACGCAUCCGGGAUACGCCCAUCCCUUUUGCCGUUUCGACGCAUUUCUCGCGCCUGCUAGCGAUCCACACGUGUCUCCUGCCGGUAGUGGUCGUCCAGCGGUUGGGCGGGGAGCGCUGGUGGCUGGCUUCUGUGGUGGUCGGGGUGGUGACGACCAUGCUCUAUGGGGUUGACAGCUUCGCAGCCAAGCUGGGGCAGCCGAUGGGGCUGGACAGGGAAGAUUUGCCGUUGGAGAGGUAUGUGGGGGAGGUGCAGAGGGAGUGGGCGGAUGUGCGCGGGUCUUGUGCUGUCAAUGGGUAG